AUGGCGGCUCGUGAUGGUAACACGGACUGCACGACAGGCAUCAACGCAACCCGCGGCAUGCACCUAUCCAGGCCGCUUCCAUAUGCAGUAUGGUCAGACCAGGCCUGCGGCGGUGUCAGUAUUCCAGAUCUUCCCAUGACUGCCCUUCCAGACAAGUGCAUGGUCAAGCACUUUGUUGAUGUCAUCAUGGAUGUACCGCCACCCAACAAGCAGAUGAUCGAGUCUGUCGUCAACCAAGGAAAAUGGUCUCAUGCUCCUGCUCCGUUCUGUCCCAAGACUGUCAUGGAUGUCAAGCUUAUUACCCAAUUCGUAGUUCUCCCGCAAGACAACGGUAACAUGUGCGUCCUGAAGCAUGUGCAAGCUCCUGACGUGAAGCUGACAAGGGACGUGAUUGACAAACUUUGCUACGGAUCAGUCUAUGGCUUAAAAUGGCAAGGCCACAACGUCUAUGACUUCAAGAAAGGGUUUCAAUGGUUUCUUGAACAGCUGGGAGGUUGGCAAUGCAGGUUCUUCGGUCUUUCUCCCACGUACGCACAUCAGCAAAAGAGCUCAGGUGGUGGUUUCCAUUUGGGAGAUCUGAGUGAAGAAGACAUCGACAAGGGGUUCGCCUUCAUCGAGCAGGAGGCGGCCCACCUCGCCAGUGAGUACAAAAGGGUUCAGUGGAUCACGAAGAACCUGAACAUCAACGCGGAUUCACCAAUCUAUCAAUGGCCCGUCGGAGUGGUUGAAAAAUCGCUUCGGGCUAUCCAAACAGAUGGUGUUCUUUCCCUGCCCAUAGAGGACUUCUACCUUACUCUCGCAGACCUGGAAUUUGACGCGCUGCAUUUUGGCAUCAACCAAAUCAUUAAGAGCAUGACUACCCGAGCUGCAGGCAUCGUGGGUGGGCCAGGUAGCGGGAAGACGCCACUGGCAAGGAUCUUGGCUUUGUGCGCUUCUCGCUAUUGGAAACGUCAACUUUCCCUGACAUCACCGCCUUCUUUUCGCGAAGCCUCUGAAUUCGACUUCUUCCGCGGACAACCUGGCCGCAAGGAUCGCCCAGAUAUACAUGACGAUGGGCGCCUUGCUGAGGAGCCGAUUCGCAAGAUGAAAGGCUUCACAGAUGUAGGCUGCACGAUGUUGACUAAGGAACGUUGGGGGGCAGCCAAGUUCGUGCAGGGUCAGUUUCGGGUGUUUGUCUGUAACGACUACGACACCACAGCUUGGGUGGAAGCCCACAAGGACCUGGUGUCUGGAACUAUUUCUCACAUGCCCCAUGAAGACUUCCUGAAGGUGAUCCGCCCUGUCUUUCCCAACGACACGCCUCCACCACACAUCAUGGCGGUUUUGAAGCGUGCAAACAUCUUGGUGAACAUCGGCAAACUCCUGGUUUUCAGGGAGGCAGGCCAGCAUGAAAAGUCCGUGCCCUGUCUCUCGAUGGAAAGUCAUGUGGACUACCUCAAGCUUGAUGGACAGCAAAAGUACCACCAGUAUCUCCACGGCAAGCUUUCCAAACCUUCGUCUUACGAGAAGGACGUGGAAUGGGAGGCGAGCUAUGUGGAUGCACUCCUCAAUGGCAAAACAUUGCCAAAGCCCAAACCAACAAUCCGAAAUGCAGAUGCCGUUCGUCGUCUCUUUCGUGGUGUAAGCCCUCGUCGUGAAGUGUCGCCCCCUCGCAACUUGCCAGCAUCAUCUACUUCAGCAAACUCAUCAAGGGUGGUACCUCCCUUCCCAGAGGCGGUCGCUGUGAAGCAAGAGUCUUUCCAGUUUCGCAGAGCUUUGACUGGUCUCACCGGCCAGUGUAUCGACCUUUGCUCUCCCCCCAAGAAGGUUUCCAAGACGGCAAUUACUUCGGACGUGAAGGCGGAAAUGCCCGAAGAGGUCACUUCCAAUGCAGCAGGUGUUGUCGAUCUUCAUGCUGAGCCCGUUGGCAUCCACAGCAGCCAAAUGGAUGUCGCGAGUGAUGUAGUCGACCCCAUGGACGACUUGGAGGCAGAAUUGGAAAGUUACAUGGAGGAUCAGAUCAAAUGGAAGAGGACUUUGCCAGAACUCAUCAAGGCAUCCGACUCCCACAUCAUUCGCAUCCUCAUUGCAGACAAGUGGAAGGACGCAGUGGUCAACUCAAGCAUCGUUGCGUCCCAAGCCGCUCUGCUGCUUCUCAAGCUCCACAGAGUUCCGCAAAGCAUUAUCCACAUGCUCUUGAACGUGAACCACAAAGCCAUUGAGGAUGUGGAGCGCAAACUUUGCAAACUCCGGCAAGAGCACGUGGAAAGCAAGGAGAAGGCUAUUCAAUUCGGCAAUGGCAAAUCAUGGGUUGAUGUAGAAGCGGAUGAAGCGACUUUUGACAAAAGGGACAUUUCGAAUUGCUUGGAAUUCAAGCACCUCAUCAAGUCGCCUAACGCCACCAUCAUGUGGGAGCAGUGGGCGGGGAUCGUGCAGCGCGGCAGGCCCGAAACCUUGAUCCUCUACAAGUUGCAGCCGAAAAUCACAGUGAAGCGAGCCCCUGGGCCCGGUGCCAUUCGAAGGAUCGAAUGGAAGGGCUUGGCGGCGAAGUGGCUCCUGAAUCGCCAGGUCGUGUUGCACACAGAUUCCGCCAAAAGUUACAAGCUGAAGGUUUCUGGCGUGCUGCAUGACCGCGUUGUCCACUGCAAGAAGAGGGUCAAGAUUCAGGGCAAAUGGACGUGGAGGGCACCACACUAUGUGCGCAUUGUGAAGCACAAGCUCCCCGGCGGUAAGGGUAAGACUUUGAAUGUCAAGUCAGGCACGCAGAUCAUAGAUCGGUGCUGGCGAUUCUUGAAGGAGCGUGUUCGCGUCAAUCAGCACACAAAGUGUGGCAGUGCAUUGCUUCGAGCCAAGCUCAGAAGCGCCCAGUACGAAUACUGGCACCGCACUGACGAUUUGUGGGUGGCCACCGGACAUCUCUGCCAGGACUCCAUGAAGAAAUUCAUGUCGUGA